AUGGAUUCAGUGGAAGAUCCAGCCAGGAUGGACGGCAAAGCGCCCUUCCUAGUGGAAGGUCAGCAUGCUGCCCAAAAAGAGCACUCCAUGACUCUCUGGCAAGCCCUGAAACUGUAUCCCAAAGCUGUGGGUUGGUCAGUGCUACUUUCGUCUACCCUAAUCAUGGAAGGCUAUGACCUUGCACUCCUGAGCUCCAUGUAUGCGUCACCCGCUUUCAACAAAAAGUUCGGCGAACUGACGGCCUCGGGCAAAUGGGCGGUUCCCGCAUCCUGGCAAUCAGGCCUGUCAAAUGGUGCACGCUGUGGUGAAAUCAUCGGACUGUUGAUCAACGGUCUAGUAUCGGAGCGCCUUGGAUAUCGUCGGACUAUGAUUUGUGCCUUGGCCACUGUCACAGCAGUCAUAUUCAUCUUCUUCUUCGCGGUCAACAUUCAAAUGUUACUCGCAGCCGAGAUUCUCGCCGGUAUUCCAUGGGGUAUCUUCCAAACUCUCCCCGCUGCAUACGCCUCAGAGGUCUGUCCGGUAGUGCUGAGACCUUACCUGACGACAUUCAUCAACAUGUGCUGGGUGUUUGGACAGUUUGUGGCAGUUGGCGUGAACCGCGGGUCCAUAUCUCGCGAUGAUCAGUGGGCAUAUCGCAUUCCAUUUGGUGUACAAUGGGCCUGGCCAUUACCGAUUAUGAUCGGCUGUCUAUUCGCGCCCGAGUCACCGUGGUGGCAUGUUCGACAGGGCAAUAUCCAAGGAGCGAGACAAGCACUGCAACGUUUGACAUCAUCAUCCAAAGACCCGAAUUUCAACCCCGACGAGACAAUUGCUAUGAUACAGCACACCAACGAACUCGAAAAAUCCCUUUCCAGUGGCACGACAUACUGGGACUGCUUCAAGGGGACGAAUCUUCACCGAACAGAAGUGGUCUGCAUAGUAUGGCUCGUGCAGACACUGUGCGGACAGAAUCUCAUGGGUUAUUUCGCCUAUUUCUGCGUUCAGGCAGGUCUACCAACGGUGCAGUCUUUCAACCUCUCUUUAGGUCAAUACGGCCUUGGAGUCAUCGGUACAAUGGGCUCCUGGUUCUUGAUGUCAUUUGCCGGCCGACGGACAAUCCACGUAUGCGGGCUAGCCUGUCUCUUUCUUCUCUUGAUGAUCACUGGCUCACUGUCCUUCGCACCGAGCGAGAACAGUGCGGCGAAAUGGGCUAUCGGUGUCAUGUUGAUCAUCUUUACGUUUUGCUACGAUAUCACCGUCGGCCCGGUUACAUAUUCUCUUGUUUCAGAAUUGUCUUCAACGCGACUCAAAGCCAAGACUAUUGUCCUCGCGCGGUGCUUAUACAACAUUAGCAAUAUUGUUGUCAACGUUUUGACUAACUACCAAUUGAACACCACUGCGUGGAACUGGGGUGCUCGCUGUGCAUAUUUCUGGGCCGGCACUUGCUUGGUUGGACUUGUAUGGGCGUUCUUCCGGUUACCUGAACCCAAGGGCCGAACAUAUGAAGAGUUGGAUUUGCUGUUCGAGAGGGGGAUAUCUGCGCGAAAGUUCUCCUCUACUGUUGUUGAUCCUUAUGAAGGGGAGGCGGUUGAAGUGCACGAGGAUCACGUAGACAAAGAUUAA